AGAUUUAUGAAACCACAGCCCUCUCAUCAUCAACAGUUAAAAGCCCAUUGGCUACUGUUGCACUAAUUACAAAGCUCACCCGCUCGUCACUCUAACCAAACCCUACUCCUCCUACUUUCACUCCUCGCUUUAAACAGAGAAGAGAAGAGAGAGAGUCAGCAGCAGACUCAGCACAAGAUAAAUGCACAUCUCUAGAGAGAGAGAGACUAAAUCCCAAAUGUGACGUUAAUUUCAGUGUGUAGUCUGUGCUGUGUGUGUGAGUGAGUGACGCCAGCAGUUGGAAAUGACGAAAGAGAAGAAUCUUGAGAAGCACAUUCAGAAGCAAAUGGGUUGUAUGACCGGAUUCCUCCAAAUCUUCGAUCGCCACCACAUUUUGACCGGAAAACGCCUCCAUGCCGCCCGCCGCCUCCCUCCCUUAUCGCCGCUCGUUGACACGACGUCGGAAUCGGCCAAAUCAGUCCCGCCAUCGCCCGCGGCGUCGAGUGAUUUGGGGAAGCAGACUCCGCCGCCCGAGCUGCCGCCUAAAUCCCCGCUGCCGCUGCCCAUAUUCGAAUUGAAAGACGGCGCCAGAUCGUCGUGGAAGUUUGGCAAGGAAGCGCCGCGGCUAUCGCUCGACAGCCGCGCCACAACCGACGCCAAGGGCGGUCUCCACCCCAAGGAAAUCAGAACCGCCGCCUCCAUUUUAUCCGGCGACAUUGCUGCAGCUGAUGCGACUGAUGGCAGCCAGCAGCACCGCUCUCCGAGCGUCAUUGCCAGGCUAAUGGGGCUGGACCAAUUGCCGAAUUCCACCGAUUCUCAGCCGGAAAAUCAGCCGGAGCUCCGGCGAUCCGCUUCCGAAUCCAGGGUUUCCAAAGAUCUGUUCCAAUCGCGAUUGAUGUCUGAUUGCACCAGUUUGUAUCCCAAGCCUCCUGCGCAAUCGCAUUCACCUCAUCUCAACAACGCCACGAUCAGUCCACAUUACACAGAUCCAAGGAAACAAUCUUUCAAAAAAGGCGUGAACGCCGACGUCUCCGCAGGAUUAAGCAGAGGCGGCCCUAAUUCGAUGUCGCCAUGGCGAGCUCCGCAGCCGCGCAAAAGCUUCUUCGACUUCGGCGAUGUCUUCCCGGAGCCGAAGCAGAACAUAUCAAUCUACGGCGAGAUUGAGAAGCGACUCAGAAUGCGAGGAAUCGACGAGCCAUCCAAGGAUUUAGAGACAUUGAAACAAAUCCUCGAAGCUCUGCAGCUCAAGGGGCUUCUACAUUCGAAACCGCCACCGCCGCCACAGCAGCAGAACCAAGUCCACCACCGGAACUUCGUCUACGACGAGUCAUCGAUCGUUCUCAUGAAACCCACGCGAUCAUUGCCUUCCAAACCAACCAACCGUAGCUUCGGAACCGACUAUUCACAAUCCAAUGGUCGGAAACAAGUCCGCCGGAAUUACAGCCUGACCGGCGAAACCUCGCCGUCUCCUAGUCCCCGGCGGGAACGUAACGUACGUAGCCCGACCCGUUCAGGCCGUAGCGGGAGCCCGAUUUCCCGGAGCGUUGAGGGCAAUGUGAAUGCGAGCCGGUCAAACUCUCCGGCUAAAUCGAAGCAGUCGUUGACUCAGAUGAGAGUGAACGAGUCAGCCGAAAACCGUCGAUCUGCUCCGGUCCGCUCGCCGAAGAUUAACGGAAACGGACCGGACCGGUCGUACCGGUUCAAGAAACCAUCGGUCGUGAUCAACCAGAAGGAGAAGAUCGUGACCGUUGUUGCCACGGAGGAUGAUUAUUCAUCCGUUUCAGAGAGCACCGUGGCAACAUCAACUGAUACAGAGGGAAAGAGUUUAUUGGAGAGGUGUGAUAAGCUGCUUCACAGCAUAGCGGAGUUUGCUGCAACCGACAUGCAACCGAGUCCGGUAUCGGUUCUUGACUCGUCCUUCUAUAAGGAUGAGUCGUUGACGCCGUCGCCCGUUACGACUAAACGGAAUAUUGAUUUCAAAGAUCAAUAUGGAGAGUGGGAGGAAGAAAUCUGGAGCCCCAUCGUUUCCCCUGUCCGGUCCAAAUGCUUGGAUGAUGACUGCGAUUUCGUGUACGUCUCAGAUAUCCUAAGGGCAUCACAUUAUCUCCCGGAGGAGUCGGAUGUUUUUCUUUUACUAGAGAAGCAACAACAUAUCAAAGGGAGCGAUAGUUCUAAGGUGUCGAGGCUCAAGCGGAAGCUGAUCUUUGACACCAUCAGUGAAAUCCUUGACAGGGAGGCGUGGCUGCCUCCUUGGAAGGUGGUGGCCCAUCACGACAGCGCCAUAGCCCUUGACAAGGUCUGGUCCGAGUUUCAAAGGAUUCGAGAAUGCGACACUGCUGAGGAUUUGUUUGAGACCAUUUGUAGAGUCCUCAAGAAAGACCUAGCAGGGGACGCUGCCACAGGGUGGGGGGAUUGCCCGGUGGAGGUGUCGGAGGUCGUUCUUGACAUCGAACGCUUGGUGUUCAAGGAUAUGGUAUCUGAGAUCAUCGGGGAUCUAUCGCCACCUUCAUCAUCAUCCAUGAUGCUUAGGAGGAAGCUGGUUUUCUGAGGAAAAGAAUGAAGGAAAAUUCUCUGUUUCACGUGGGAAGUACUGAUAUUUCAUGUGCAAGUGCAUUGUUGUGUGUUACUUUUCCUCUCUUUUUUUUAUCAUUGGAAAUGCUGAUUUAUUCUGAAAACAAUUCUAACGGUUACUUUUUCACUUUUUGCUAGAUUAUUGUAAACAAAAAAAUCGAAAUAAUAGUUGUAAAAAAAUGCCAAAAAUCAA